UCUCUCCCUCUGUCUCUCUCUCUCAACUCCAACCUGUAAGAAGCUUAUCGUACUGUCACACAUUGGACUUUCCUCUUUCUCAUCCCUUCUCAAGGUCCAAUUCCAAAGAAACUCAUCUCCUUUUAAACCAUUGUUGUGCUAAUUUAUCUCUGUAAUAUCUUUGUUCCAGAUUAUUUUACAGUAGACACUUUGUGUUGUUCGAGAUUAUCGACAUUUCAUAUAGAUCAUCUACUAGAUUAGCGGACCAACUUAUGAAAUUCUAAUUUCUAGCUAUAUCUCACAGAGGGUUUCCCUCAGUUUUUUAAUAACGCUUCUGUUCUUUCAUUUCAGUUAAAAUCUCUGAAUCUAAGAAAUCAUAGUUUCUGUUUUUUUCCCUUGAAAAUUGUUUAUUUACAGUUCCUGAACUCAACAGUUUUAUGCUCUCUCUCUCUCUCUAAUUUGGAUACAAAGUUGGGGUAUUUACUUCAACUCUUUUUCUGGGUUUGGCUGUAAAUUGAAGCAUUCGUGCCACUUUGAUCUUCUCGACUUACUUUGUUAGGUUGGGUUUGAUCUUGUGACCUGAAAAACUUUAUUUUUCGUUGGUUUUGAGGUAAAACUCAACUUUGUUAUUCUCCUGCUGUGAUCUAUUGCGGGUUGAAAUCUAUUUUGGAUCUGUUGAGUUGGGUGGUCUUGAUGCUUUGUUCCUAAGAUGCAGCCUGAUCAGAGAAGAAAGGGCUCUGCAGAUGUAGACUUUUUUACGGAAUAUGGUGAGGGGAGCAGGUAUAGAAUAGAGGAAGUGAUCGGUAAAGGAAGCUAUGGUGUUGUCUGUUCUGCAUAUGAUACUUAUCUUGGAGAAAAAGUCGCGAUUAAAAAGAUCAAUGAUAUUUUUGAACAUGUUUCUGAUGCCACCCGCAUUCUUCGUGAGAUAAAGCUUCUUAGGCUUCUUCGUCAUCCUGAUAUUGUGGAAAUCAAGCAUAUCUUAUUGCCUCCUUCCAGACGGGAAUUCAAGGACAUAUACGUGGUUUUUGAAUUAAUGGAAUCUGAUUUGCACCAGGUUAUUAAAGCAAAUGAUGAUUUGACACGGGAACAUUAUCAAUUCUUUCUUUAUCAGCUUCUUCGAGGCUUAAAGUACAUACACUCAGCAAAUGUAUUUCAUCGAGAUUUAAAGCCCAAAAAUAUUUUGGCAAAUGCCGACUGCAAACUCAAGAUCUGUGACUUUGGCCUUGCAAGAGUGGCCUUUCAUGAUACCCCUACUGCUAUAUUUUGGACUGAUUAUGUUGCAACAAGAUGGUACAGGGCUCCUGAGUUGUGUGGAUCUUUUUUCUCUAAGUACACCCCUGCAAUAGAUAUAUGGAGCAUCGGUUGCAUAUUUGCAGAAAUUUUGACGGGAAAACCUCUCUUUCCUGGAAAGAAUGUAGUUCACCAAUUGGACCUCAUGACUGAUCUGUUGGGAACACCAUCUCCUGAAGCAAUUGCCAGGAUAAGAAAUGAAAAGGCUCGAAGAUACUUAAGCAGUGCGCGGAAGAAAAAGCCCAUUCCUUUCUCCCAAAAGUUUCCAAAUGCAGAUCCCCUUGCACUUCGUUUGUUGGAAAGAAUGAUAGCAUUUGAGCCCAAGGAUCGACCCACUGCUGAAGAGGCUCUUGCAGAUCCGUAUUUCAGGAACUUGGCCAAUGUUGAGAGAGAGCCUUCAGCUCAACCAGUUACAAAAAUUGAAUUUGACUUCGAAAGGAGGAGGACAACAAAGGAAGAUGUAAGAGAGUUUAUAUAUCAAGAGAUUCUCGAAUAUCAUCCAAAGAUGUUGCAAGAGUACUUAGAAGGAACAGAACCAACAAACUUCAUGUAUCCAAGUGCUGUUGACAAAUUUAAGAAACAAUUUGCUUACCUUGAGGAGCAUUAUGGAAAUGGUGGUGCUGUUGCCCCACCUGAGAGGCAACAUGCAUCAUCUUUACCCAGGGCAUGUGUCCUAUAUUCAGACAAUUCAACACCGAAUUCAGCUGAAGUCACAAAUGAUCUCUCUAAAUGCACUAUCAAAGAAGCUCAGAAGAAAAAUGUGGACAGGACUUCAGGGAUCCCUCUAACUAGUCUUCCUCUCCAAGUUCCUCAAAGCAUUCAAGCUGGAGUCCCUCCAAGGCCUGGGAAAAUUGUUGGUUCGGUAUUGCGGCACAACAACUGUGGAGCAGCUGCUAUUGAACAGCGAAGAAUGGUAAAGAAUCCAGCUGUUCCAGCUCAGUAUGCUGUUGCUAGCUCUUCAUACCCCAGAAGAAACACGGGCUGUAAAAACGACAGGGGAGAAGAUGGCAGUGGAGGAUCCAAUGGGCUGCAGCCUAAACCUGAUCAAUACAUGGCAAGAAAAUUGGCUGCUGCUCAAGGUGGGUCUGCAAACCAAUGGUAUUGACUCCAUUAUGAUUCUUCUGGUGAAAGUUGUUGGCUCAGCUUUGCAAACUCCAUGGGCAACUUAAUGGUGGGGCACCGGAGGUCCCCAUGUAAGGUUGAUUGGCUUCUAACAGUAAAUUCAUCGCAUGUGAGUGACAGAUUUCAAGUUGCUAGCUUAUAGGCAUGGGCGUUCGAAGUUACCGAAACUUUGUGACUUUUGCUGCUAAAACAUAGUUAAUCUCAAGUGUAGAAGACACUGUUGGGUUCCUGCUCACGACUGCUGUUAUUCUUUGAUCCAAGAUCAAAGACACGAUGAUUUGGGGGAGGUGAUAAUUUCAAACCAAGGAUUAGUGGAACUAAUAUUUUUCACUCAUUCUUUCUGUUUCUUUUCCAUUCUUUGCAUAACAGAUGCAAGGUAAAAAUUUCUCAAUAAUUUCCUAGGAAUUUAGAAAGUGAUUUUAUAUCUCCUCACCUAUAUUAUUCUACAACUGGCCAUUCCUCCAAUUCCAAUUGCAAACUUGGACAAGAAAUUGUGUAGAAAUGACUUCUCCGACAAUUACCUUUGGUGUAAUAACAUAUUUGCUACUUCUAUAAGUUAUAUACUCAUAUAUUAGUGGGUUUAUUUGAAAUGUACAGUUCUGCUUUUGCUAAUGUGAGGCUGGCUGGCCAUGC